GAACACAAACACGCGUCUCAGUGAUGUCAUCAACAGCGGACCGCGCACACUGGCUGGAAUAAAGCAGGUGACAGCAUUAAGAUGCCUCUCCCGUUGGCACUCCAGUCUCGCUUAGCAAAGAGGGGGAUCCUUAAGCAUGUGGAUCCAGAACCAUCUGAAGAAAUAAUUGCUGAAGAUUAUGACGACGAUCAUGUAGAUUAUGAAGCAACACGAGUUGAAAAUUUGCCACCAAACUGGUACAAGGUUCUCGACCCAGUCUGUGGCCUCCCCUAUUACUGGAAUGUCGAGUCAGAUUUGGUAUCCUGGUUAUCUCCCCAUGAUCCCAAUGCAGUUAUCACCAAAAUUGCUUCCAAAGCCAAAGAGCCUGAAGAGAAAGUGGAGAGAGAGGAAGUCAAGGAAAGGAGGUUUGCUAGGCGCGAGGAAGUGGCUCCAUAUCCUAAACCAAAGAAAGGGAGAAGAGAUGAGGAACUGGAUCCAAUGGACCCAAGUGCUUACUCUGAUGCUCCUAGGGGUUCAUGGUCCACAGGGCUACCCAAGAGAAAUGAAGCCAAGACUGGAGCAGACACAACGGCAGCAGGUCCCCUAUUUCAGCAACGACCAUACCCAAGUCCAGGAGCUGUACUUAGAGCCAAUGCUGAGGCGACUCGCAACAAACAACUGGAUGCAUGAUCCAUACCAGCCUGUAUUCAACCCUUGCUUAGACUUGUACAGAAUCAUAUAUAUUGCAUGCAUCCUCAUGUCUGGUGAUAUUCUUGUAAAUGACAUAGAUUAAAGUGUUUUUUUAUUAUUAAUCUAAAAAA